UUUCUUUAAUGGUUAAAGGAACAUUACAGAACAAUGUUUGUCUACCUUUGCUUUAUAAGUUUAUUAAGGGAUUUUUCUUUGGCUUACGAAAAUUUAGCUCUUAAUAAACCUGCUCAUCAAGAUCAUCCUUACUUUAGUAAUCAAUGGGGAGCAGAUAAAGCAGUUGACGGUAAAUAUGACAGUCUCACUUCAAAUGCGGGACAAUGUGUAAUCUCUGCCAAUGGCCAAACAACAGCGACAUGGUGGGUCAACCUAGGAGGAGUUAACAGUAUCAGCCACAUAAAUAUUAUCUACAGGACAGAUAACUUACCUCACCCCAGUCCCUAUGUUCCCCGACUGGCUGGGUUCUUCCUUUAUGUUUCCAACACUUCCUCACGAGAGGGCAGCCAUCUUUGUUUCCAUGAGAUACAAAAAGUGAACGGAACACCUUCAGAAAACCAAACAAUAAAAUGCCCUGUGCAUGGGCGCUAUGUCAUAUUCUACAACGAAAGAAAAUCUGGUGUUGAAUAUCCUAAAUACUAUUCCAGAUAUGCUUUUAAUGAGCUAUGUGAACUACAAGUAUUCGGCUGUGAAAGUGCAGGAUUUUAUGGAGAGACUUGUAACCUUCCUUGCCCUAAUACCUGUCAGAAUGGCCUAUGUCACAUACACACAGGGGAGUGUUACGGUUGUGUACCUGGAUACCAGGGACCUCGCUGUGAACAAAUAUGCAGUACCGGAAAUUAUGGAUCUCGGUGUUCUUCAUCAUGUGGUAACUGUAGAAAAGGAGAGACAUGUCAUCAUGUCAAUGGCACAUGUUUAAACGGUUGUGGAGAAGGAUUUCAAGGCACGACGUGCGAGCAGGCAUGUCAAGAUGGAUAUUACGGAGAAAAUUGCGGGAGAAGAUGCAGCGAAAACUGUGUUCCUGACAACGAGUGUAAUAGAUUCAACGGGGAAUGUAGUUGUAAACCAGGAUGGAAUCCUCCUAACUGUAACCAUGAAUGUGACGGUAGGACAUUUGGUGUCAAUUGUACAGAGAGAUGUGGACAUUGCUUCGGUAAUCGACAAUGCCAUCACGUGAACGGAACUUGUAUCGCUGGGUGUUCAUCUGGGUACCAGGGGUCGUCAUGCGUAGAGAAAUGUGAGGAAACCUUUUGGGGAGUAAACUGUAAAGAAAAUUGCAGUACGGACUGUGUAAAUCAGACGUGCUACCAUGAUACGGGAGAGUGUUACACAUCUAAAGCUGAAGACAAUAUAAUUUAUACUGCACUCGCCAUCGCAGGUGGAAUUCUAGCUCCAGUAUUUUCCAUCGCCAUUACAAUAGCAGUAUAUAUUUGGGUCCCAAGAUUUUCCGAUCGAAGCAAACAAAAUAUGAACCUGAAUUCAAAUCAAUCACUUAAUGCAGAAACUAUUAAAAAGAAUACAAUAGAUCAAAAUGUGGAAAAGGAACAUGUAAAUGGAACUCUAUCUUCAAGAACAAAACCAGACAGAGAAAGCAAGCACGAUGAUACGGACAAUGAUACUGACGACGAGGGAAGAAUGCAUGACGAUAAUCCGUAUGAAGACAUGUACUACAAUGUGGACACCCUUCCUGAUAUUUCAGUAGAAAAACUCGAGGAAAUAAUAGUGGAAAAACGCAAGGAGGAUAAUGACGGGUUUAAACGAGAAUAUGCUGCACUUCCGUAUGGAAAGAAAUACACAUGCGAUGCCGGAAGUCUGCCAGGAAACGUAGCAAAGAACCGCUAUCAGACCUCACUACCUUAUGACCACACACGCGUCAAAUUAAAAAAUGGGGAGUCAGACUAUAUCAAUGCCAAUUAUAUCAAUGGUUUAGAGGAGGAAAAUGCAUAUAUAGCAGCUGAAGGCCCGAAGCAAAAUACUAUGUCUGAUUUUUGGGCCAUGGUUUGGCAGGAAAGAGUCACACAGAUUGUUAUGUUGACCAACCUAAAAGAAGGAAACAAGGCAAAAUGUCAUCAGUACUGGCCUGAUGUAGGGGUGACAAUCACUGUAGGCGGAUUCUCUCUACAUACAGUCGACGAGAAACAUUAUGCAUUCUAUGUUAUCAGGACUGUAAGGCUCAUUCAUAAAAAGUUGAAAGAGAUGACUGUUGUACAGCAGUAUCACUUCACUGCCUGGUUGGAUCACGGAAUCCCAGAUUCAUUCUGUCUGGUUGUAUUUCAUAAUCACGUGGAAAGAGCAAAAAGUAGUAAAGCUAGAGGUCCUACUCUGGUACAUUGCAGCGCUGGAAUCGGUCGGUCGGGGACUUAUAUUUCUAUUGAUGCCCUCUAUAAGGCUGGACUAAAGGACAGGACAAUCAACAUUCCGGAAUUCGUGAAGAGUAUAAGAGAAAAUCGAAUGAAUAUGGUUCAGACGUAUGAGCAAUACAUGACUAUAUACCUGGUACUGGAGCAUGCCUUUAAAGCCGCACCAGAAGUUAUGAAGAAAACUGAAUUCUUGGGAAAGAAUGACGAAAUGAAGAAAAAUAAACCGGAAAACCACAGUCAAUUAAGAAAAGAGUUUCAGAAUCUUUUAAAAGUUCGUCCAUCGUAUACAGAGGAUGAUUAUAAACUCAGCAGGCAAUUCAACAGAGGAGAUGUUCGGAUUCUUCCACUGGACAAGUACAGUUUAUUUUUGCCAUCCAGCGUGCGAAGGCGUGGAAACUACAUAAACGCAAUUUCUCUUCCCUCAUACACCCAGAGACACAAGUUUAUUGUUACGCAUUAUCCACCACUAGAUGACACUGUUGACCUUGUUCGUCUGCUCAUCGAUCAUGAAUCUGAUACUGUGAUUUCCAUGAACCCUCUGAGUGGUGUUAAAUCAAGCGAAGCAUGGUUGCCCGACUCCGCUGGAUCUAAAUGUAUAGGGCCAUUCACCGUUCAGUAUCAACAAGGAAACUUGACAAAUCUCAUAAAGUGUUUCACUAUUCAUAUUUUGACAAAGGAACAAGAAAAAUAUCACGCUGUUGAGGUGGUUGAGCCUACCUGCAGCUUUCAGUCCAACGAAGGACAAUGUGUCAAACAACUGCUUGAAAUGGUCUCAAUCAUCUUAGGAAAUGGAAAAGAGGGUCCUGUCACAGUGAUGAGCAGCGACGGUGCAGCAAUGUGUGGAGUGUUAUGUGCUGUAUAUAAUGUCCUGCAACAGUUGUCAAUUGAUGAAGAAAUCGAUAUAUUCUCCACUGUUCGCCAGUUACAAAUAAGGCGUCCUGAGUUGUGCUCUACUUGGACAGAGUACAAGAUGAUCCAUGCUGCUGUAAUGGAAUAUAUUGAAACACACGAAGAAGAGACUGAAGACACAAUCUACUCUAAUCAGUGAACUAUAAAUUAAAAAAAAAUGUAUAUACAUGUAUCAAUACUGUAGAAAUAUUGAACACAAACAAUUGACAAACAGGGUCUAAAAU